UCACGUGGUUCUUCCUCCAUCUUUGCAGAUGGGCAAGAUGGCGUCCUCGGAUGUGGUUACCGAGGUAGAGAUUCAGCCCGAAAUCCAAGAAGUCGAGAUAGAGGCUAUCCCCGUCGAAAUGCCCGUCGAGACCGUGGUCACAACCGUCGAAUCCGUCGAGGGACAGCCCAUGAUCGCUUUGCAGCCGCUGCCAGAACCCGGGAGGGAAGAGAUCAUACUCCAAACGCAAGAGGAGAUCGUCGGCAGCAUCGACGCCGAUCACGAAGCGCUGUCCGGCUACGACAACAUCCCAGUGCCCACGCCCGAAGUGUUGAUAGAGACGAGUCCGAGCACGUCCGGCAAACGCGGCCGCAAAGGGAAGCGAGGCGGCAAGGGGAGAGGCUUCGGCGGCGAACUCACAUUCGAGACGGACCGGAGUACUCGCAAGUGGGAACAAAAACAGGUGCAGAUUAAGACGCUCGAAGGCGAGUUUUCCGUCACCAUGUGGGCGUCCGGAACGGAGGACGUUGCAGAGGAGUCGACGCCAGAGCCGGACCCCGACUACACGGAGUACAUGACGGGCAAGAAGAUUCCCCCAGGAGGCAUCCCCGGCGUGGACCUCAGCGACCCCAAGCAGCUGGCCGAGUUCGCCAACUCGGCGCCGGACAACGGCAUGAAGCAGUGGUGGGAGCAGGUGCAGUGCACCAGCGUCUACUCCCCAGAGAAGGGCAAGGGCAGCUCCUCCCAGAGGAUGAAGCCGAGGAAGCAGAGCGACGACGUUGCCAGAACGAUAGCGUGCCCACACAAAGGCUGCAGCAAGAUGUUCCGGGACAACUCGGCGAUGCGCAAGCACCUGCACACGCACGGGCCCCGGGUGCACGUGUGUGCCGAGUGUGGCAAGGCCUUUGUGGAGAGCUCCAAGCUCAAGAGGCAUCAGCUGGUGCAUACGGGGGAGAAGCCCUUCCAGUGCACGUUCGAAGGCUGCGGAAAGCGUUUCUCGCUGGACUUCAACCUGCGCACCCACGUCCGCAUCCACACGGGAGACCGGCCGUACGUCUGUCCGUUUGACGGCUGCAACAAGAAGUUUGCCCAGUCCACCAACCUCAAGUCGCACAUCCUCACCCACGCCAAGGCCAAAAACGGCACAGGCCAGAGGCUGUCGGACAUAGACUCGCAGAAGGUGACCUUCACCUUUGACCAGGACUAAACACACAGCGCUGCACAAGCCUUCAUACGCGGGACGUCGCUUUGAUUUCACCCUUGGUUUUUGUUGUUUUAUAUGGCCCUGUUUGUUUGUUUAUUUGUGGGUUCUUUUUUUUUAAAAUGAAUUCGGAAAUUUUUUUUAAGGAAGCGAAGGGAACAACUGGCGCAGUAGCGCCCGGCGUCGCCACUACACCGACGUUCUUGGGGAAAACAGCCUUAUUUGGUCGAGCCGUCGUCUCGUUUGUGACCGGCGGAUUGUGGGGUUUGAUUGGGGCAACGUCGGUGAGACCGAGCGCCCCCUGUGAAUACGUCGGAGACUCGCUUCAUUUCUUUCGUCUGAAAUAAAGCGCGGCCUGCCACCGGUGGAGUUUUGUCUUGCGAGGAACUCGGGAAAGAAGACAACGCCAGAUUUGCUCGUGAAGUGGACAAUCUUUUUUUUUUUUUUUUUUUUUCCUUUUUUCGGUCUUGGCAAUGUUGCCGGGAGAGAGUCAUGUCACCGAUGCCAUCGUACGGCGACUGUCACGUUUCCGCUUCUUUGAUUUCGGCAGCGGCGGGAGCCACGAAGCGUGUCCGGGAUGGAGCCGUGUGCUGUGGUUUUUGUAAAAAGAAAGAGACGCCCUCCAUUUUUCCUGCAUCUAAAGAUUUUUUCUUUUCUCUCCUUGUCUUUGGUAUCAACCCCUUGCGCAAGCAUGUGUGUCUGCGUGUGUGCAUGUCGUCGACGCAUCUCAAUGUACAUAGUUACCAUGAAGUUAUGCUCCGAAGCCCGUUUCGCUUAGGUGUCCCUCUCCACCCGUUACCGUCGUACGAGACAUUUGAUUGGCCGUAAGGCCGGCGGACGUCAAAGCGGGUUUUUUGGCGUCAGCCAGAUUUACGAGUUGCGGCUGUGGAAGCGUCUCUGAGAGACUGAACUGAGUCGAGGGCGUCAGGCCUCGUCCCUAGUGCUUGAAUUUCAACAACACUUAAUCUGAGCAGUUAAACUUCAAAGAAUUAAGGCCAGUCACGAUCGAAAUCAUGCCCGACCACCAACUGCGUCCCUUGGUCCAUCCCUGUAAUAUACCGUACUGACGACCGAGACAGCAGUGUCGCCCUUGUUUGGCAGAAUGGUGCGAGAGCGUUGCCCUCCCGAGAAGAAAAAAAAACGACGCACGUAUCGGGCUUGUACAUAUUAUUCUUUGUAGUGCUUGUUCAGCAUUCAUCACACUUGUCUUUUGUACUAGCUGCACUGUGCAGUGGCUGUCCCCUUUCUCCUUGCGUUUUGUUUGUGUGAAAAGACACAUCCGUUCGUUUGCUGUACAGAUUGCUUUGUUCGACAAGAGAAUAAAGAUAACUUUCUAUUGUGGAUA